AUGUCCAAACCCACGGCAGCGACAUCAGACACCGCCUUCCGCAAGACCUGGGACAGAGAAGAAUACGCCAAAAAAGCCGCAGACGAAGAAAGCAGACGCAAAGAAGAAUCCAAAGCACGCUAUGAAGCCAAACUACUGGGCAAAAAAUGGCACGCACCGGUCGACUACAGCUCUUUAGAGGCCACGACAUCCCGAAAACAGCGACUAGAUGUGGCGUCGAUGGUGGGCAAGACCACGAUUGUGUCGGCUGGGUCGGCGGUGGGCAAGAGAGGCCGGGGAGCCGGUUUCUACUGUGGGGACUGUGAUCUUACUUUCAAGGAUAACUUGCAGCUUGUGGAGCAUUUGAAUACGGUUACGGAGCUUGCGCAUCAGAAGCGGGUGCGAGAGGAGGAGGAACGGAGGGCUUGGCAGCUUGAUCUUGGGGCUAGGCUUCAGGAGAGGGAGGAGCAGGAGGCUAAGGAACGAGAGGAGAAGAGGCGGAAGAGGAAUGAGAAGCGGCGCAAGGGUGGAGAUGGGAUUAAGCAGGAAGAAGACAGCUGGGAGGGUCGGCUGGGAAUCAUCGCAUGA